UGAUNGUGACUUGAAUUCAGACACAAACGCUGAUAAAUCUGAAUUAACUACUGAUGAACAUCCCGGCGCUUUACAGACACAUAAUAAAAGUAUGUCCGACGCGGAGAUGAUAUCCCAAUGCGUGCUGUUUUUUAUGGCUGGGUAUGAGACCACAGCCACCACCAUAUCAUACGCCACAUACCUAUUGGCAGAAAACCCGGAAUCACAGGAAAGACUGUUUGAAGAAUCAAAAAAUAUUUUUAAUACAAAAUCAGACAUCGAUUACGACGCUAUCGAAAGGCUUGAGUACCUGAACGGUGUAGUGAUGGAGACCUUGCGUCUAUAUCCUCCAGCGGUGGCAGUGGAAAGGGAAGCCUCCGAAGACAUAGUACUGACCAGUGAUGAGGACCGCAUCAAUGUAUUCAAAGGAGACCUCUUUCAAAUACCCAUUAAUGUCCUACAUAUGGAUAGACAGCAUUUCGAUGAUCCCUAUGCCUUCAAACCGCAACGCACACCAUCCCUACGCGCACCUACCGUUUGGUGCGGGCCCUCGCAAUUGUAUGUCCUACAUAUGGAUAGACAGCAUUUCGAUGAUCCCUAUGCCUUCAAACCGCAGCGGUUUAUGGCAUCAAAUAUAGCACACCAUCCCUACGCGCACCUACCGUUUGGUGCGGGCCCUCGCAAUUGUGUGGCCAAACGUCUGGCCCUAAUGGAGGCAAAGUUGGCUCUAAUAUAUUCAGUUCAUAACUUUAAGUUUGAAAUUUGCGACAAAACAGCUCGCCCACCGGAAAGGUAUUACAACUUAGGGCUAAACGUACCGAAAGAGGUGUUGUUGAGAGUUGUGAAAAGAGUUCAU